CAAAAACCACCACUACUAUUACCCCCUUCUUCCCUCCUCUCUCUCUUCACUUAUUCCCUUCUUUCUCUUCAAUUCAACCAUGGUAGCAGUGUUACCACUAACCCAUUCAGCAUCCAUGAACGCAAAAAUCAUAGGUUCUGGCGAAGACACCAUAAUUUUUGCUCAUGGUUUUGGAACUGAUCAAUCCAUUUGGGAUAAGACUAUACCGUUUUUCACUAAACGCUAUAGAGUUUUACUCUUCGACUGGUGUUUCUCGGGCUCGAUACCAGAACCAAAUCAUUUAUUUGAUCCGGUGAAGCAUUCGUCGUUCGAUGGUUUCGCUAAUGAUCUUAUCGAUCUUUUGGAUGAAAUUGGAUUGAAAUCAUCAGUGUUUGUUGGACACUCUAUGUCGGGUAUGAUCGGAUGUUUGGCCUCAAUUCAAAGACCUGAUUUGUUCAAGAGGCUUAUACUUCUUGGCGCUUCUCCUAGGUACAUUAACUGUGAAGAUUAUGAAGGAGGGUUCGAGGAAACACAAAUCGAAGACAUCUUCGUAAACAUUGAGUCGAAUUUUCAUGGAUGGGCUUCAUAUUUCGCAACAGUGGUGGUGGAUGCAAAUGAUCCAGUUGCAGUAGACAAGUUUGAGAAAUGUCUAGCGAGUAGCAAGCCUGAAAUUAUACUUUCACUUGCCAAAACAGUUUUCUUAAGUGAUCAUCGAGAUAUACUUGAGAAAGUUGAUCAAGUUCCAUGCACAAUAUUUCAGAUGACAAAUGAUAUCGUUGUACCGAUGUCAGUCGCCUACCAUAUGCAAAAGCAAAUCAAAGCGGAAUCCACAGUUGAAGUUAUUGAAGCUGAUGGACAUUUCCCUCAACUUACUCAUACUAAUGUGUUUGUUGAUACUCUUGACAGAGUCUUGGAACCUAAUGAUGAAUCAUCCGAUAGUGAUGAGAUGAUUAGUUUGGAUAGUGAAAUGGUUAAUGUUGUUGCUUAAUUAUCUAGGUUCAUUAAAUUACAUGUACGUACAACCUAGUGUGUGAUAUAUAGGGAAGUCGGUAUAUGUAGGUCGGAAUAUACUCCAGUUUGUGUUUGGUUUGUUUUAAGGUGCCUUAAAGGUUUGCUUUGGUUUAUGUUGUUUGUAACUACUAGUACAUCUUCCAAGUAUCAUGUCUUUGUCAAUAUUAAAGCGAAUAAUGUAUGAAAUGAUGAUUACCCGUUGCGACGACUGAUU